AUGAAUUCUAUUGAAGGUAAUGACAAUACCUUUUUCUUUCUGUAUGGGCAUGGAGGUACAGGGAAGACUUUUCUGUACAAAACUCUCGUGGGAAAGUUAAAAGAACUAGGUAAAAGUGUUGUUGUGGUUGCUUCUUCUGGGAUGGCUGCUACUCUACUUCCUGAGGCAAGUACAGCUCAUUCUCGGUUCAAAAUACCUCUAGAGAUUGAUCAUGCUUCUUCGUGUAAUAUACGAAAAGGUACAGCUCUUGCUGAAUUAUUGUGUGAUGCUUCUUUAAUAAUAUGGGAUGAAGCACCAAUGAUUCAUCGGCUGUCUUUUGAAGCAGUAGAUCGAGCUCUGUGUGAUAUUAUGAGCAUUCCUUUCAAGGGACCAGAUUAUAGACCAUUUGGGGGCAAAGUUGUGCUCCUUGGAGGUGAUUUUCGUCAGACGCUCCCAGUUAUUCCUGAUGCCGGUAGGGAAGAUAGUGUUGAUUCUUCUCUUACUCGGUCUUAUCUGUGGAAUUUUUGCACGGUGCUCCACCUAUCCCAAAAUAUGCGUCUUCUACCAAAUAGCAUAAAUGAAGAACCAUUUUUUGAUGGGAUGUCUUUUGCAGAAUGGACUUUGAAUGUUGGCAACGGUAGCAUUCCAGGUAGAUCUUUCCAAGUCAACCAACCUGCAUAUUGGAUUGAAAUACCUAAUCAGUUGCUUAUUGAACCUUCUGAUGAUUGUCUAUCUACAAUAGCUGCUGUAGUGUGCGAUGCAUUUGCUGAAAAUUACUGCAGUAUAUCAUAUCUUGCUGAAAGAUCAAUUGUUACUCCAACGAAUCAAAAUGUUUCAGAGUUAAAUGAUCAUAUGCUAGCUAUGGUCCCAGGUUCAGUCAGAUCUUAUUUCAGUUGUGAUACUGUUCAUUCUGAUUCAAAUGAUGCAGCAGCUAUUAGUUCAGAAUAUCCAACUGAAUUUCUGAAUUCUCUUUCUUUUAAUGGGUAUCCUGAUCAUCAGAUUGAUCUUAAGGUGUUCACGCCUAUCAUAUUGUUGCGAAAUCUCAAUCCUUCAAUUGGAUUAUGUAAUGGAACAAGAAUGAUGGUUGUCUACUUAGGUAACUAUGUUAUCAGAGCUAUUAUAAUGGGAGGCACAUUUGAUGGGAAGACUGUUGCUAUACCAAGAAUAGUUCUCAGUAUUAAUGAUUAUCGAUGGCCAUUUGUGUUGAAACGACGACAGUUUCCUGUCCGUUUGUGUUAUGCGAUGACGAUCAAUAAAAGUCAAGGACAGACAUUACAACAUGUUGGUGUAUACCUACCAAAGCCGGUUUUCAGCCAUGGUCAACUAUAUGUAGCCAUCUCUAGAGUGAAGUCCCCUGCUGGUUUGCAUUUUCUCAUCCUUAAUGAAGCAGGCAUUCCAUCCAAUUACACAUGA